AUGUCACCAGCAGACAAGACAAGUCAUGUUGAACACUGUUACCAGAUGAAUGAGCAGAUGAUCCAGCUUCUGUUCCAUGUGGUGCUUGCCAUAGUUCACACUGGAGAAAAACCUUACAAAUGCAGUGAAUGUGAAAAAUCAUUUAGUCGCAGUUAUCUCUUAUGCCACAAGAGAGUUCACACUAGGGAAAAGCCAUAUCAAUGUAGUGACUGUGGGAAGUCCUUCCGUCAUAGCUGUACCCUCACUGUACACCAGAGAAUUCACACUGGAGAAAAACCAUAUGACUGUAGUGAUUGUGGAAAGUCAUUCAAGAACAUUUCCACUCUCAAAGAGCAUCAGAAGGUUUACACUGGGGAAAAGCAGUAUGAGUGUAGUGACUGUGGGAAAUCCUUCAGCAGAAGCUCUACUCUCAUCCAACAUAACACAGUUCACACUGGAAAAGGGCCUCAUGAGUAUGCUGAAUGUGGGAAAUGUUUUCCAUACAAAUCUUUCUUUAGAGAAAGCUUUUCCCUCAUUCAACACAGGAGAGUUCACACUGGAGAAAAGCCCUAUGAGUGCACUGAUUGUGGGAAGCUCUUCAGGCAAUGCUCUACCCUAACUCAACACAAGAGAGUUCACACUGGUGAAAAGCCCUAUGUGUGUGGUGAUUGUGGGAAGUCAUUCAGGCAUAAGUGUGGCCUCAAGAGUCACCGGAGAGCUCACACUGGUGAAAAGCCCUAUGUGUGUGGUGAUUGUGGGAAGUCAUUCAGGGAAAAGGGUAACCUCAACAGUCACCAGAGAACUCACACUGGUGAAAAGCCCUAUGUGUGUGGUGAUUGUGGGAAGUCAUUCAGCGAAAAGGGUAACCUCAAGAGUCACCAGAGAACUCACACUGGUGAAAAGCCCUAUGUGUGUGGUGAUUGUGGGAGGUCAUUCAGUCAAAAGUGUAGCCUCAACAGUCACCAGAGAGUGCACACUGGUGCAAAGCUUUAUGAGUGUAGUGAAUGUGGGAAAUCAUGUGGGUCCAGUCACCAUCUCCUUAACCAUAAGAGAAUUCACACUGGAGAAAAGCCAUAUCAAUGCGGUGAUUGUGGGAAAUCUUUUAGGAGAAAUAAUCAGCUCCUUAACCACAAGAGAGUUCACACUGGAGAAAAGCCAUAUGAGUGUACUGAUUGUGGGAAGUCCUUCAGCAGAAGCUGUUACCUGUCUCAUCACAAGAAAAUGCACAUUGGUGAAAAACCUUUUGAAUGUAGUGAAUGUGGGAAGUUCUUUAGAAAAAAGCCAACCCUCAUUCAACACCACAGAGUUCAUACUGGAGAAAAGCCGUAUGAAUGUAGUGAUUGUGGAAAGUCCUUUAGACAAAGACAUUCGCUAAUGGAGCACCACAGAAGUCACACUGGGGAAAAGCCAUCUGAAUGUAGUAAAUGUGGGAAAUGUUUUAGCAGAAAACCUAGCCUUGUUAGACAUCUGAGCAUUCACAUUGGAGAGAAGCCUUAAAUGUUCAGGGGAUGUUUUAUCUUUCUCACUCUACAACACUGAAGGAAACAUAAAUGCAUUUACCUGAAUAUAAACCCCGUUUAUGUGAACAUAUACUGUGCGAAAAUUCUUAUAAGUUUGAGGUACAAGUGAGGCUUGAAGGAGCUGCAUUGAACUUGCUAAUUUCUGAAGACUCCUACCUCAUUGAUGUCACUGUGAGUAUUUGUGGCUGAAGUGACCUCCUCUACCAUCUGGAUCAUCUGAACAGUGUGUAUCAGUCACAACCCCUGCCUGCUCAGGGAAAAUGAAUUCUGUGUUCUCACUUGUGCUUAAGUGAAUUAUGAAUACUGUGAGCUCUUGGCAGGAUCCUAAUUCCUUUCUCUCUGGCUAGGAAAUGGACCUGACCUGGGGUUCAUCCAGAGCCCCCAUUCUCAGCUAAGAAGUGCUACCUCUUUCAGGGACAUUGUGGUUCUCAUCUUAUGCUGUGAUGAAUUGUUGCAAACUGAUUGCUGUACACUGCUCUGGUAUAUGAUGUUUUUGUAAUUGUGAUUUUGCUUUUGUACCUUUAAUUUUGUUGGUUCUCUUCACUGUCUGUGUUCAUUUGAAAGGACAAUUGUGAUCUGUCAGCAUGUAGAGUUAACAUAUAUUGUGGGGAUGUCAAACAUUCUUUGCCUCAGAAAGGAUAGCUUAAUGACAGAAACUCCUUCUUUGUCCAGUUUUCUUUGCAAUACUGUCCAAGGCCUUAAAAUAAAGACCAUAUGACUUUGUGGUUGUAUUUUGCAGGUUUGAUCCCCAGCCCACCAUUUCGGCUGGUGUGGGAGGCAUCCAGUCAUUGUGUUUCUCUCUCUCUCAUCCCCUUCCCACUCUCUCUAAAAAAAGAAAAUAAACAAAAAAAAUCCACCCUUCUUCACUAAGAUGGGCCUCUGCCUGCACAGCCCACCUUCCCUUAUUGUUUCCUGCCUUUGCCUGGGAUGUUCCCAGGAGCUGGCAGAGAAGAGCCCAAGGCAGGUCCCUGGAGGGGAUUGGGGUUCUGUAUUUGCCUGAGAGGAGCUGGCAAGGACUCUUCUGUCUCCAUCCAGAAGUUUCUUCAGCUUGAUGUCCCCAUCCCCAGGCCCCUGGAUAUUAUUUAUCUGGGAGAAUCCCCCUGAUGCUUGAACCCAAAAUCAGUUCAUAUUAGGAAAAGUCUGCCUAUAGCAAGACCUCAUAAACCCAUUGGUGUAC